UUUUACUAUAUAUUUUUAGAUAGAUGUUUAAUUUAGUUUUCUAUUUCUUAUAUUACAUAUUUAAUUAUUUUUUAUUGUAUGUAUAUUUACUUAUUAUUUAUUUUUUCUUAUAUUUGAUAUUUACUUAUUAUUUAUGUUUUAUUUUUUAGUAAUAAUGCUACGUGACAUUUUCGGGAGAAUUUUUUUCUCUUAUAUGUACAUCCCAUGGAGUUUCAAAAGGUUAUUAGUAUAGAUUAGACAAUUACACAAACAUAUAUAUUACACAAACAUAUAUAUAUAUAUAUAUAUAUUUAAGAAUAUUUACUAUAUUUUCUUUAUUAUGACCUUAACAGGAUAGCUGUUAAAGAAACACAAUACAUUAAAAACAAUAAAACAUUUUCCCGCCACCAAAUAAAUAAACAAUUGAAGUGGUAAAGAUACUGGUUAUGGGAAAUAUAUUGUCAAAUAACGAACUUUAGAGUUUUGGAUUUAAAGAAUCAAAACCCAUGCUUUGAUGUGAUUUCCAGAGAGAAGAGAGCAAAGAAGAGGCGCUGAGAAAAGAGAUAACGCAAACGCAAUGAGCGACAGAGAGAACCCAGAGAAGGGAGACGAAGAGGCUAAAGAAACCGAUACGAGAACAGAGUCGACAUCCAUGGGAGAAACAGAGGGACGUGAUCCGGAUUCAGGUCCGAGCGAAGCUAAUGUUAGAACUAAUCGGAGACACGAAAGAUACGCAAGAUCUGGGGCAGAGAAGAGGGAGAAUGAACCAGAGAGACAUGGACUGGGUGAUUCGAGUGAGUAUCCAGUUCGCAUCGGUGUAGAAGAUUGUUACUAUUACAUGAAAAAAGGUCGUUGUGGCUAUGGACUAAGUUGCAGGUUCAACCAUCCACCUCUUCCGCAGAGAGAUCAGAUGAGGCAUGACAUGGUGCAACCGAGUCGCUAUCCAGUUCGUCCACAACUUCCUGAGAGAAGUCAGAUGAGGCAUGACAUGGUGCAAACGAGUCCGUAUCCAGGUGCAGGAGAUUGUAUACAAUAUCUACAAACUGGGAAGUGUAGCUACGGACCUAAGUGCCGAUUCAACCAUCCUCCUUCACCGGUGAGUGAGAUGAGAACACAAAUAAAGAGUAUACAAUAUAGCUAUGGACCUAAGUUUCAUGGUUUAUUGUCUUUGAAACCCCUUCCUCAGAGAGAUAUAGGUGCAAUAGAUUGUAGACAAUAUCUACAAACUGGGCAGUGUAGCUAUGGACCUAAGUGCCGAUACAACCAUCCUCCUUCACCGGUGCUUCCACAGUGGGUUAGCCGUCAGAUUUGUAAGUUUUUUCAGAAAGGAGAUUGUAAGAACGGCUCAGGUUGUAAAUUUACUCAUUCAAUGAGUGGGGAUGGUGCAGAAGCAGAACCUAUGCGUCAGGAUACAAGUUGGGGUAAGAAAAGACACGCAGCCAAGUCAAGCUCUAGGCCAUGGAAGAGGGAGAGGCAAGCUCAUGAUCUGGAGGAACGUAAACAGAAGAAGAGGAGGGUGGAAAAUUUGAGAAUUGAUCCCAAUGUUCAAUCCGGCGAAGGAGGGAGUCAAACGGAACAGAGAUUGGAGAUUCCAGAGAACCGCAACGUUAACGCUCAAGAACAGGCAGAUAUGGAGAGGCAGAACAGAGAGGCUCAAGAGAAAGCGCAGGAGGAACGUAGAAGACAGAUAGAUAAUGAGAGGAGGCAGGCUCGUUUGCGUCUUGAGCGGGUAUUGAAUCAUAAAGAUUUUUUCAAUCGCAUUUUAUAUUUCUAUGCAAUAUAGGUACGAUAUUCACAUGAUGUUUUUUUCAUCUUCUUUCAGAUGAAACCGAGAGUUCUAACCAGUAACGUGGAUCAGCUCAGAGAGGCAUUACGAGAUAUUGGGAUUGAAAGAAAAGAGGGCGAUGGGUUUUAGGAGAGAACAGAGUUAUGAGACAAACCCAAGAGAACUAAUCAGAUUGUUUGGGGUGCAAGAAAAAUGAUAUGUGUUGGGAUGAUUUAGGUCAAUCUUUUCGUAGUUUCAAUCUAUUUGUGGACAACAUAAACUUUAUUGCUAUUUCGUCAACUAUUUUCGUAUUUGUGGACAACAUUAAACAUAAUAGCUAACUACAGUUCCGAAAGGUAAUCUAGUCAAUUUCAACCACAUUGGUAUGAAAAUAAAUAGUAGCCAAGUACAAUUCUUGUCUGCUCUAGGUCAUGUAUUUUUUUACUAAGAGAAAUAAGCAUAUAAGUAUUAUUUAAGUUUUAAUUUCACUGGUUAGAACUGAUCUUUUGAAAUGCAAUGUUUAUUUUGGUGAAACAACUGAUGGAAAUCAAUACAUAUACAUUAUGGCCAUAUUCGUUUUUGUAUUUGAUGCAUCAUCUAGAUGUUGCGUCUGAAAAUAAUAUCUAGCUAUUGCAUCCAAAUUUUGUGAUUUUAUAGUUAAUAUUUCUAUUCAGAUGCAACAUCUAGAUGCUAAAUUGUUUGUUUUUUUUUAAUUUAAAAUAGCAUUUGAAUACUACAAGUUAAAAAGACCAAUAAUACAUGAUUAUUUUGUCCUAAUUAUAAUAUUCAAAUAAAUAUAUCUAAAAUUAUUUUUUAAUUUUGGUGGAAAAACACGAUUUUACACUUAUUGCAGGAAACUUAAUUUUGCGGUUUGGUGGAAAAACACGAUUUUUUCAUUUUGGCGGAAACAAAUUGGUGAGAAAACUUGAUUUAAUGGUUUUGGUGGAAAAAUUUUAUUUUGUGAUUUUUGAAUUUAGUAGGAAAACAUGAUUUUGCGAUUUUCGAGAAAAUCAUUUUUUAGCGGAAUACGUUUUUGAUUUGACUUUGGAGGCAAAACGUAAUUUUGCGGUUUACGCGAGAAAACGUUUUUUUUGUUUUGCAAAAUGAUUUUUUGGUUUUGAGAGAAAUAUUAUUUUAUUAUUUCAAAAAUUAUAUCUAAUAAUAAUUACGAAAAUUAUAUCUAAUAAUAAUCUUUAUGAAAUAGAUUAAAGUCUUUUGGAUUUUGAUAUGCAAAUGCUGCAUCCAAAUUUUAACAUUUUUGGCAUCUGAAAUACCUCCAUUUAGUAUAAUUACUCAACUGUAACAAUCUCAGUUUCGGGUAAUAAUAGAAAGUACAUCAUUUUGUAGACUGAAAUUUAUAUAAUUGUUUUAAUGAUUGACUAUAUCAUAUAAUGAAUUAUGAAUAGAUUUUUGAUGUUGUAAGCCAAAAACUAUAAUUUCAAAUUCUAGUUUUAUAAAUCUUAUGAAUAAAUUUACAGAUAAAAAAUACAAAACUAUAUUUUAGACAUAUUAUAAACAUUAAAAAAUUGUUUACUAUUAUUUUACACAAAUUGAAGAUUUUUAAGAAACAAUUAAGGACCAAAAUCAUUUUUUUUGAUUCUUGUUUGAGAAAUCUCAGUACCGGCCUUGGUCGCAAUCACAUUAUUCUGAAACUAGUUCAGUUAAAUAUAUUCUCAUCAUCUAUAAAUUACACUUAAAUAUUCUCGUAUGCUCGAAAUUAUUUUGUUGUAUUUUUUUGUUCGAGAAAAACAUAUGCAUUAUUACUACAUACUGUAUAAGUGAUGUUUGUGUUUUUGACAUAUUCUAACAUAGUUCUUUUAAAAUUAAUAAAUCUUUUUAGGUUAACAAUAAAGAAUAAAAAAAUUAAAUAAUCUUUCAAUUCAUAAAUAAUUUCAUUCCAUGAAACCUUUCCAUGUAUAAUUCCUAUUUGAUGACAAAUUUUGAAAUUGUAUAUGUAUUUUCGUUAAACCGAGUGAUGAAACAUAAUGCAAUUCCCUUAUAUAUGUAAUUUGAAUUAACCCCAAAAUAUCUUUGUGUGAAGAAAGUCAAUGAUUUACUCUAGUCAAUUUUUAAAAAGUACGAUUAAUUUAUGGCAAUUUAGUGAUUAAAAACUUACCCUAAAUUUAAAGGUAAGAAUUCGAGUCCACACACUAUUAUAUUGCAAUAAAGUGAUUAGAAACAAAAUGUAUUGUUUUAUUUUUGUUAUUCUACGAAUCCAUGUAAUAGGAAACAACAUAAAUGGGGGAGGGGAUAAAAAGAAUAAAAUGACACAAUAAAUCAUUUAGAGAAAAUUUUACUUUCGUCAUUGUCUUGAUCCGGAACUUUGCUCUUGAAGGCGAUUCGACGAUCUUUACUAUUAUUGUAAGUUUGUUGCUUGUUAUGAAAACAUCUUAUACAAGCUCUUUUCACAAAUCAUCGUAAUUUCGUUUUAUAUCCUAUGCCAUUUUCUGUAUGAAAGUGAAAGCAGAAAAGUAAUUAAAUAUGCAUAUGUAUAAUAUCAUCUAAGUAAUUACCAAAUCUGUUAUUUUCAAAUAUGAAAUGUUUGUUUUGGACUAAUAGAUCUUGUAACGUCAAAUUUAGAGCAUGAAAUCCCCUCACUGUGAUUUCUUGAUAGAUAUUUCAGAUUACAACUUUUAUAGCAUUUUAAACCUUAAAUCAUUUUAUUUUUGUGUUGAUUAUGGAAUUACGAGUGGUUUCACUGUGUCUAUAUUAUAUUUCUGUUUUGGAUUUAUAAAAAUAUAUUUUCUGAAACCUAGAAUUAUUUAGAUCAUUAAUCCAAAUCAAUUAUUUAAUUCAAAUACGAAUUAAAAAAACAUCAUAGAGCUUUCAAUGAUUGUAGUU